GAGAGAGAGAAAGAGGCAAACUUGAGUCACUUUCUCUGCUGUACAGCAUCAUCUCUCAUUCCUCCUUCUCUCCCUCUCCGCUGCUGACGUCGUUCCUCUUCUGCGAGUCUCACUUCUCGCGCAGGAUUACCGGAGGCGCGCGCGCAGAAUGGAUUAAAGACCGGAACCAAGAAAGGACGAACUGUUUUAUUUGACAAGUGCCGAGAAAGAAACGGGAGAAGAGAAAGAGUCCAGCCUUCCUCCUCCUCCACCACCUCCUCCUGCUCCUCGCGCCGAGCCAGAGAGCGAGCCUGAAGUGCGGAGCGCCGAGCGGAGCCCGGAUGACUUUUCAUCCCCGCUCGCGUUUGCAUCAGAUCUGGGUUUGCUGAGAGAGAAAGAGAGAGGGAAGGGAAAGAUGAAGAUGUCUCCUCCGGACCGAAGGAAAAGCUUGCGCGAGCUGGCGCUCGAGAUUGGGAUCCGGGUCCUGCUGUUCGGAGUUUUUGUGUUCACCGAAUUUCUGGAACCCUUUGAAAGAGUGAUCCAGCCCGAGGAGCUGUGGCUCUACAAGAAUCCUCUGGUGGAAUCCGAUCGCAUCCCCAAGAGAGUCAUGUUCGCUAUAUCAUUCCUCACUCCUCUGGCUGUGAUAAUCGUCGUGAAGAUUAUACAACGGACAGAUAAGACAGAAAUCAAGGAGGCGUGUUUGGCCGUGUCUCUCGCAUUGGCACUGAACGGCGUCUUCACAAACACCAUCAAGUUGAUAGUUGGCAGGCCAAGACCGGACUACUUCCAUCGCUGCUUCCCUGAUGGCCAGAUGAAUGCCAAAAUGCUGUGCACAGGAGAGCCGGACAUGGUAUCCGAGGGCCGCAAGAGUUUUCCCAGCAGCCACUCCUCCUUUGCAUUCUCUGGCCUGGGCUUCACCUCUUUCUACUUGGCGGGCAAGCUGCAGUGCUUCACAGACAGCGGGCGCGGACGCAGCUGGCGCCUCUGUGCCAUGAUCCUGCCCCUCUACAGCGCCAUGAUGAUUGCCCUGUCCCGCACCUGCGACUACAAGCACCACUGGCAAGAUGCAUUCGUUGGGGGAGUGAUCGGCCUGCUCUUCGCUUAUAUCUGCUACCGCCAGCACUACCCGCCUUUUCUCCAUACAGACUGCCACUUGCCUUAUGCCAGCCUGGCACUGAGCGCCGCCCAGCAAGCACCAAUCACCCAGGAGCAGCCUCAGCCCACAGACAACGCCACCAGCCUGCCUCUGGAGGGCAUGACCGAAGGGCCUGUAUGACUAACAGAGACUGCCACCACCACACAGCCCCUCCUCCAGCGCCACCCACUCGGUACAACCCACACAGACUGACAAACUCUUCAACAUUCCAGUGGGAAUGUACCACCAUUUUGAUUUUUCUCUUUCACCUGUUGUUUCUGUUCUCUCUUUUAUUUUUAUUUGUGUGCAUUUGGUUUCUUUGGUCCUGAGUCAGUAGCCUCUUUUGGAUGGUAUUUAGACACUGAGUGUACUCAGUGGUGGAGGAUGUGGGCAGUAUAGGGGAAAAAUGGGGGUUGGAGUGAGUGGUAGCAACAAGGCAAAGGCAGCCUGAUUAAAACUGCAUUCACAAGGACAUUUUGUCAAAAUUUCUGUCAAAAAACACAAGUCUUGCAAUUGACUUCAAUGAGAAUAAUGUGUUGAUGCACCACAUGCCAAAGUAUAAAAACUAGCAUAAGAUUUGAAAUUUUGGUGCAGUGUAUUCUAAUCAUAUAUCAGACAGUAGGAGAUGUCUGGUACAGAGCUUGAGUCAGUCAACUCGAUGUUGAGCAAAAUGGAAAACAAACUGAUUGGUACUGUCUCAUAUAUAUAUGAGAGUCAGUAUUUUUCCACUCAGCAUUGACAGCGAAAAACAUUGACAACUUAGUUUGUGUUUCAUUUAACAAAAUAUUCUAUAUAGGAUUUAAAUCUGGACUCUGACCGGCUAAAAACCUCAGUAGAAAUCAUCAUAUUUUGUGCUUGGCCCGUUCUUUUUACCCAGGAGCAUAUAUCACACUAGGAAAGAAAAGUUGAUCUCCAGCCCACAAUCAAUAAAUCAGCAAUGCAUAUCAGUACAUUCUUUUGACAGAUCCCAAAAUAUCUUUAAGAACUUUGGCCAAGGUCACAGUGGAAACUGGAAGGACUAACAAGCACAAAACAGGGAAAGUAGAGUACAGUGUUUUUCACAGACAUCCACUUUGGGAAUGUAAAAUCAAAUCCAGUCAAGUCAAGAGGCUUUUAUUGUCAUUCCAUCUAUGUACAAGUACACAGUGGAGUGCAAUUCCAUUCCUCCAGGAACAACAUGGUGCAAUAAGGAACAAAAGAGUACAAAGUGCAAACGUGCACAGCCACAUAAGACAAAAGCAUAAGAAGUGCACUUUUCAAAUGUCAAUCGCAACAUACUUUUAUAAUGUCACUGUGUGACCAAAACCUUGUGUUUCCAAAAUGUUAACAUAGCAGAAUAAGGAAGAAAACAUUCUUGUAAUAGAAGCUAAUAGAAUAAUAUUUUGCACCAUUUCUAUCUGUCUGUUCAUUGUGACAUUUUAACACAAUGUAAACCAUCAAAAAUGGUGACACAAGGUUUUGGGUGACAGCGGCUACCGAUAUAUAAGCCUGAUGAACUUGGGCUUCAUGACAGCUGAUAUUGUUGAUUUCUUCCUUUACCUUUCUGUCCUUUUUCCUUUUUUGUAUAUCUACCUGUCCAGGCUCCACCCACAAAUGUGUUUUAGAUCAGACAAGCUAUUGUUGUUCAUUUUGAAUGAUGUUUAUUUUGCAUGUAUGUGCGAGGUCACAUUUUAAGGAUAGAGCCCGUUUUCUUAUAUAAACGAACUAACGUUAGCAUAGCGGCAAAGCUCAGUAGUGUAGCAUUCAGACAGAAAGUCAACAGACACUAUUAGCAAAAAAUCUGGAUAGAUUGCUCAUAGAAGGGUCUUCAUUAUUUUCACUGUUCUACAAAUUUCAGACCAACAGUAAAUUGACUGUGAAGUCAAUGGAAAUAUAUGGAAUUAUACAGAGACCAAAAAAUCAACAAAUCCAAACAAUCUUCUAUUUUAGAUUAUUUAUUUGAUUUGAUUAUUUUAGAAAUGACCCAAACCACACACGCACUGUGUCUUGAUACAGUUUUAUACCAGCUUGGUACAUAUAAUUGAAAUAUAUUUAAGUUUAUACAUAUAUGUGUGAAAGUCUUAGGCACCUUAGAAAAAUGAUUAAAUACAUUUAUGUUUUUUGUAAAUACAUUUGUGUUUUUACCAGUAAAAAACUAAAUAACAUAGAAUAAGUACAAUUAAACACUAAUAUAGUACAAUGUAACACACAUUUCAUGUUUUAUUUUUUUUAAAAAGAGCUUGCUUAAAGCUAAGUUUCUCCUGAAUGCCAUCACAUAAAUUUAUUACAUACUGUCAGCAGUGCUGAUUUAACAUAAUGAAGUAUUAAUUAGAUAAAGCAGGUCUUACUACAGGUAAUACUGGACUUCUUCAAGGAGAGGGCAGGAAAUGACACUAAAUCAUUCAUUAUUGUGUUAAUACUGUUUACUACUAUUUUAUUCUAAUGUUUGUGUUUUUCUAAGCAGUAAACAGGAUCUGUGCAGAUAAACAGCUUUUUCAGUAUAAUCUCCUCAGGCCUCUGUACUUUUUGAACAAUUUUGUUUUUGGAAACGAUUUUUGUAGAUGCCAAAAUGAUGGUUCUUCAGCAGUUCUUUGGUAAAGAAAAUGGUUCUAUAUAGAACCAUGAACCAUUUGUACAUUUUCAUCUACAGGUUUCUGCUUAAAUGCAAAAUAAAUUUGCUUCUUAAACAACUACAAAUAAUGUAAAUGAUGCCUAGGUACAUAUUUAAAAUGGACAGUUCUACUAGGGUUC